AUGGCAACAAUAACUAGUAAAUUAUACUGUGUGAAAUGUAAAAAACAAAAAGCUACAUCAAAAUGUGCAGGAUGUUUACAAGAUUUUUGCUACAAUCAUUUAAUAGAGCAUCAUGAACAAUUGAGUGAAGAAUUAGAUAAAGUUGAAAUGGAUCAUGAUUUUGUUCGACAAACACUUGUGGAACAAUUAAAUGAUUCAAAAAAUGAUUUAUUAAUAGAACAAAUUAAUAAAUGGGAAGAAGAUUCAAUAAUAAAAAUUCAACAAAUAGCAGAAGAAUGUAAACAACUAUUAUUUCAACAUACAAAUAAAUAUAUUAAUCAAAUUGAAAUUAAUCUAGACAAAUUAACUGAUCAAUUAAGACAAGCUCGUGAAGAAAAUGAUUUUAAUGAAAUAGAUUUAAAAGAAUUUAAAGAAAAAUUAACACAAUUAUCACAAAAACUUGAUAAACCACUUAAUAUUUCAAUUACACAAAAUUCUGCAUCAAUUAUUAACAAAAUUUCCGUUGUUAUACCAUCAGAACAAUUAUUCCCUCCUAUGAAUAUUAAUAUCAAUACUCAAUGGAUACAAAAUGGUAUUACUAUUGCUGGAGGAUAUGGACAAGGCAAGCAAUUAAAUCAACUCUCUUAUCCUUGUGGACUUUAUGUUGAUGAUGAUGAUCAAAGUAUUUAUAUUGCUGACUAUUUGAAUCAUCGUAUUAUUCAAUGGAACUAUGAUGACAAUCAAAGUCAAGUUAUUGCAGGUGGAAAUGGACAAGGAAAUCGAAUUGAUCAAUUGAAUAGUCCAAAAGAUGUAAUUGUUGAUAAAAAAAAUGAUUCUCUUAUCAUUUGCGAUUCAGGAAACAGACGUGUAGUACAAUGGUCUCGUCGAAAUAGUACAAAUCAACAAGUAAUCAUUUCUGAUAUUGAUUGUUCUCGUCUAGCUAUGGAUAAUAAUGGAGAUCUUUACGUUUCUGAUUUGGAGAAGAAUGAAGUAAGAAGAUGGAAAAUAGGAGAUAAAACUGGAAUAAUAGUAGCAGGUGGAAAUGGAAAAGGAAAUCAUCUCCAUCAAUUCAAUGGUUCUUCGUCUAUCUUUAUCGAUCAAGAUUAUUCAGUUUAUGUGUCGGAUUUAUACAAUAAUCGUGUAAUGAAAUGGAUGAAAGGUGCAAAAGAAGGCAUUAUAGUUGCUGGUGGACAAGGUCGAGGAAAUAGGCUUCAACAAUUAUCGUCACCUAAUGGAUUAAUUGUCGAUCAGUCUGGUAAUGUCUAUGUAGCUGACGGUGACAAUAAUCGAAUAAUGCGUUGGGUUAAAGGAUCUAAACAAGGUUGUAUUGUUGUGGGUGGAAACGGAGAAGGAAAACAAGCAAAUAAGUUCAAUUAUAUCAAAGAUUUAUCAUUUGAUCAACAAGGUAAUCUCUAUGUCGUCGAUUCGGUCAAUGCUCGAGUACAAAAAUUUCAUGUUCAUUCAGAUUGA